UUUAUAUUUGGAGUUCGGGGGAAGGACCCCAGUUGUUUGUUUUGUAAAUUAAACUACGCCUAUGGAAGGUAAAGCUAGCUCAGGAUCUUGUGAGGAUGAGCAGAAGAUAAUUCUAAUUUGGGACGCCCGGGUGGAAGGAGUGAUAAGAUUUUUAUGUUUCUCGUGGUGGAAUGGUUUUUAAAAAGUUAAAAAGACUCAACGUUCAGUGUGGUGAGAACAUUGUUGAAAAUUUGGUACCAAAUGCAAGGCGAGCUCUUUGAAAACCUGUGUAAAUGAACAUCGCAGAGAGAGGGGUUAGAAGGGUGAGGAUUGAGAAUGAAGAGCUCCCUUCGGAAAAGUUUCUUCUCUUUACUUGGGGUGGAGGGAGGGGAAGGAAAAGGAAAAGAAAGAAAAUAUAGCUAUUACUCGUAGAAGAGAGGGAUGGAUCUUAGAAAAGUUGAAGCCACUCCCCCCUCCCAAUAUGGGACUCCAGUUUACAGGUGGGAAAAUUGAGGCCUUAGAGUUCUGUGAUCACACACCUUGGUGUGUGUGAUCACAAAGCAAGGACUAGAACGGGGUAGGGGCGAGGCCCUCUUCCACAGCACAGAGACCUGGAUACUCAUACCCUAUUGGGUUCUUUAGGAGCAUGAUCCCGAGAAGGAUGGUAAAGAUUUUUUUCCCUUGUUACUUACUGCAGGAAACCCAGCAUCUCCUAAAAGUAGUAUGGAAUAUUGGAAAGACUAGAAUUGAUUCUUAUUUAAGAUUUCUCUACUUGCUGAUACUGUAGUCUUGGACAUGUUACUUAAUUGUACCUCUCCGUUUCCACAAAACUUUUGGGCAGAGUUUUCACUGUUUCUUACUUUGUAGAAAAUGGCCGCCCCGCACCUCCAAUGAGAGGCCAACUUCGAAGAAAAGCCCAAAGGGAGAAGUUUGCAAGACGAGUUGUACUGCUGUCACAGGAAAUGGAUGCUGGAUUACAGGCAUGGCAGCUCAGGCAGCAGCAGAAGUUGCAGGAAGAAGAAAGGAAGCAGAAAAAUGCUCUUAAACCCAAAGGGGCUCUCCUGCAGAACCCACGACCAAAUCAAUAAAAAGCAGUUCCUGUCUCCCUUUCCUGGCCUCUCUCUGGCUUUCUUCUCUAUCACCUACAUGCCUCAUCCCAGCCAGAAGAGAGCCUUCACGUUCCCCAUCUAUCUUCAGAGCACAAGAGCGUGGACACUGGGAAGAACCACCUGUAGAUCACUGCCUGGAGGAGCUGGCCUAGUGCCCUCAUCCCUGGCUCCAUUCCAGUUCAGUGGAAUCUUGCUCUGGGAUCCUUCCCCACCUUUGCAGGCCAUAGAACUGGCCCAACUGAGAACAGUAGCUACUCUCCGUACAUGAAAAUGGGGCAGCAGCUCUCCUGGUUUUAGCUUGGCACUCAGGCCUUUAACGGCCUAUACACAGCUCAGACUGCAUGUAGUUACUCAUUUAAUAAAUGUUCUGAUGAAAAAGGC